AUGGAAAAACUGAAAGAUACAGUACGUGAGAAGCUAGGUGAAGACUUCAAGAUUACAGAACCGAAAAAAAUAAGACCGAAGAUAAAAGUUGUAAAUGUUGGAGAUGAAGAAAUGCAGCUGAAAGAUGAAACCUUAGUUGAUACAAUCAAGAAGCAGAAUACAAUCGACAGCAGAGAUGAAGAAUUUUGCAUAAAAAUUGUGAAAAGGAUGAUUAAAGACAAGGGCGGUUCAUUAAUACUAGAUGUAGAUGAAAUGACUCAUGAGCUAAUACUGAGAAAAGAUAAAAUAAAUAUUGGAUGGAGAAAGUGUCUUGUGUUCGAUCAUUACAGUGUCAAGAGAUGUUUCAAAUGCUGGGGUUAUUACCAUAUUGCCAAAGAUUGUAAGCGGCAGGAAACAUGUAAUAAAUGUGCUGGAAAUCACAAAGCAAGCGAGUGUAGGGCAAAAAAGAUGAGAUGUGUAAACUGUAUGCACAAAAUUAAAACGUACAACUUAAAGAUAAAUGACGAACACGAUGCUCUAAGUAGAAAAUGUCCGACUUUCAUCAGAGCCUUGGAGGAGGAGAAAAAGAGAACUGGAUGGCAGACUACGAAAUAG